AUUUAUUAUCUUUAUUCAGAUUUGAGUACUGAAAGAUGUAAUUAUACACAAAAGAAGUGUAAUAUUUUAUACAUUCUUGUGUUUUUUAGGGAUUGUAUGUUCCUGUAUGCCAAUUAUUCAAUUGAUUAUCUACAACUAUUAAUCAAUCAAGUUGUAUUCAAAUAUUUUCGUUCAUUUUUUUACUAAAAAAGGACUUGAUAAAUUGUGCUUACAAGAUUCAAUGAUUUUCAUCAGUACCAUUCCCAUUUGUUUAGAUUCCAAGAAAAGAUGAAAAAGAAGCUCACAGUUUGCCUAGUGUUGCUGAAAGACCCAAAUUUUGUGUUGAAGAAAGAGCAUCAACAUUUUUAGAAGAGAAAGUUAAAAAAAGUCCAAACUCAAGUUCGCUUUGGAAUCCAAAUGACAAGAGGGAGCAUACAGAGCUUGCAAAAGAGCCUUCAUUGUUUCUUGAUAUCAAUUAUGGAUCAGAUGGUGAUCUUGACAUUAUUGAAAUACCAGAUUUGAAACCACAAAGAAAAGAGCGCCGAAAGAGAGGUUCUUCCAAAACAACAGUCGAAUCACAGGAAAAGAAAGCUGUAUUCCCAGAAAUAAUUCCAAGUAUUGACACAACAGCAGUGCAGGCAUUAGAAAACGUCAACGUACAAUCAGCAGCUAAUAGUGAUAUCAACAAUAGUUGCUGUUUAAGUCACAAAUCUUCAAGAUCAGAAGCAAUGCACAAAACUCUGCCAACGAUCAGCUCACCCUGUAAGUUAAAUAUAGGGGUGGAAGAGGUGAAAACUUGCAGUGAAACAGAGCAGAGAACGGAUGUGGAUUUGAGAGAAGUUAAAGUUAAUACUGUCAAAGCAGAAGAAUUUCCAGCAAUAGCAAUCGCGAAAAAUCCUGGGAAAACAACUGCUCGUUAUGCUUUGAAAAGCAGGCACCAGAAAAAGAGUUUACUAAUAACACGGUCAAGUGAUAAAGAAGGUAGCAAGAAUUUGACAAAAGAGUUUCUUGUCAGUGGUGGGAAACCCGUUGCAAAGAAAAGAACUAGUCUCAGAGAAACUAACUCGAAAGUUAACGCUAAUCAAGAAAAAACAGCAUUGUUUACAAAAAGGAAAAAUGCCCCUCCUUUGAAGAAAAUCAAACAAAACAGAGUUAAAACACCGAUAAAAAGCGAGCAACUUCCCAGUUUAUGUGAUACUGAAUCAAUGGCUGAUUGUGAGAAGAUCGAUCAAAUGACGUUAGUCGAUGAUAACGAGCAGCUACCUGAAGUCGUGAAAGAGGAAACGAAAUCAGAAGAACACUUGUCAAAGUCUGCUAUCUCGUCUCUUCCUUCUAUUGAUAAAACGCCGUUGGAAGAUUUUUCAAUGGAAAUCGAGUCUGCGAGAGUAUGCAGCCCAAGAGUACUUGAAUUUCCUCUUCAAAAGAUGAAAAAAUACCAAAAAGUGCUGUUUGAAGAAAAGAAGGCGGCAUUUCGUAAACUGGAUAUCGACGGCGAUGGACACUUGUCACUAUUUGAACUCAUGAAAAGCUUUCCUCCUGAGCUCUCCAAGUACCAAGUUGAAUAUUUGAAAAUGAUUUACCAAAAUGCAUGCAGUAGCACUUUCUUUGGUCUUGAAGAAUUUCUCUGCGUAGAAGAAAUGUGUAACACUAUGAAAUACAUGAGUGAAGAGCUACAAGCAGUCUUUGCAAGAAUCGAUCUUCGCAAGCUUCAAACUACACUGAACGAUUAUUUGCUGGUCUAUUCCAAGGCCUACGAUAAAGCAUUUGACGUUGCAGUUUUCGAUAAUUUCCUGGAGAGGGCAAACACACAACAAGGUCAUUCAGAUUUGACAGAGCUCUUGAAGUUAAUACAUACGCUGGAAAAGAUUGGAUAAUAACUGGUUCUCUUUUCUCAUCUGCGAGGCGACAGUUUGACAACUGGGAUUUGAAUAAAGGAUUGCGAAAGUCUGAUUUCCUUCUUCUGAUCCCUAUACUUGUGUAUAACGGUCUCAGCCCGGCAUCCCUUCUGAUCUGAGAGAGAAAAUCUGCUCUACAAAAGAUCUGAUUGGCGUCUCCUUCGCAGUCCUUGGCUUUUUAAAUCAAGAAACCCCGUCGCUGGUUGUGUCUGUUCUUCAGAGGGAAGCAGGAGGAAGGAUUCUUUUUCAAGUUGCCAUAGUGAUGAAUAUUUCAUUACUUCAAUGCUGUACAAUGUUGAUAACACUGACAAUCCUCUUGGGGCUAUCCACCUUAACAACUUCGGAAGUUAAAGGAAACAACGCAAUGAAGCUUUGUGGUCAAGAAUUUUUCGUAACUUACAAAUUGCUUUGUGGUGGCGGGAUGCGAGGCAAAAGAUCGAUUUUAGCUUUACCAAAAAGAAUUAAAAAGGAUAUUCCAAAAGAGAAAGAAAGUUUGCCAGUUCUUAAAGAGAAGUUAGCAAAGCAGUUUCUACGGCGGGUUCGACGAAGUUGGCGUAGUAUCCAGGACAAUGCAAAUGAAGAGUGCUGCGUCGAAGCGUGCACUUACGAAGAAGUAAAGGAAUACCCGUGUUCCCCGUACUGAAUGCAGGAUGUAGACUAUGGGUGUUAUAAGAUUUUCUAGGGAACUCAAAGACAUUGUUUCUUGUAAUAUUAAACUGAUGACCGGCAAUUUGUUUCUGCAUCAACCGGGUAACAUCCAUUGGCCAGGUGCUGAAGUCUCUUGGAGUUGAUCGCCUCCAUACCGUGUUACCAACAAUCUGAUCAUUAUAAGGGACCAGGUUGGGCAGUAUUAUACCCCUUUGCUAGCCGUAUUAUACCCCAUAGAGGAGCUAAUAUCCUCUAUGGGCGUUAACAAAGGCUGGUUGUUUGGGUGAAUAUACAAACGAUUCCAAAACUCAAAAAAAUGAACUCAGGCUCGACAACGCCCUUUCUCGCAAGCUUUUUGGAACCUGGCCUUGCGCGUCAUUGGCCUAUUAGAAUCAAUCAACGAUUUUACAAGCAGGUAGAGGACGCUCUUUCUGCUUUGCUUACGUUGUUAGUCUUUACCAUAGCACCACCACUGCUUCACGGGACUUCAGCACCACUAUUUAUGGGUGUUAAUACUGAAGAGUUGUCACAUGAUGCUGAUAGCUGAAUUUACGUGAGUUUCCCUUGGCAAAGAACAUUCAACUUGCGUUAUGGUUUUUCAAGAAUUGUUUCUCCAGAGCAGAGGGGAGAAAAUCCUUAUGUUCUCGCUUCAAUCGAUAGAAAAUGGACUGCAGGCUUAUUUAUUCAAUAGAUUCUAUUGCCGUGCUCUCUGUGUUUGUAAAUUUUGUUGUAGAGUCUUAAAGUAUUAAAUAUGACGUAGGUAACGACUUACUUGAAGGGAAGGACGUUUAGAUUAGUAAUAAUAGCAUUCUUUUUGGAACGCAGCGCUCACACUCUACCAGCUUUUCAAAACUCCAUUUUCUUCAAUUUCCUACCAAAAUAAAACCCUAAAUUUCCGUAGUUGGCUAGUGCUUUGUUCGGUUUAGAUAACUCUUAGGUACCAAAAAGGUAAACUUUCUGAAUUGCACUAAAAUGUAAGAGUGCUGUCGUUGUAUAUCGUAGAAGCCAUUUGAAUUCUAUUGCACCUCAUGCGAAUUCCCUUCAAUUCAAGUCAACGUUCGAGGAAAUACAUUAAGAUAUGGAAUAAUUUAAGAUAAUGCAUAUAUAAACUUAUAUCUAACAAUUCCGUUAUUUAUAUUAAAUAUCUAGCAGUGUGUAAUACGCAUGCGUGUCUUCAAUAUUUGAAGGCAGAGGGUAACUGCUUCGAUAGAUUGAUCGAGCAGAGUGGUUUUAACAGUAGAGGGCACAUGCUGACCUUUUUGACCUCAUGAUUGACCUUAAUGACUUUUGGACCUGUUGUCUUGGCCUCUAUUGACCUAAUUUUGCCUUAAAUUUAUCUUUUUGUUGUAUAAUCAUUAGUUUGCUCGGACAGCGAUCGCUGUUGUAGUUUAGUCGUUUUUUUGUUGGUUUGGGUCUUGACAAUGGAUAAUUAUGUUUACCAUGAUGUAUAUACGAAUAUCAGUUAGUUAGAGUACAAAAGGCAAAACAAGGUCCUAUUUCACUCAAUGGGUGUCUCAUUCUUUCUAAAGGCCUAAGGGUGGCCCCUCAUUUGAUUUUUCACCAAUAUCUAUCAUUUAAUUUUUUUAGAGAUAUUUCCCAUGCCAAUAAAGAAAUUCCUUUGAUUUUUAGCCAACUUGACAUGUUUUCGUUCAUUCUAUUACUUUUGUCGAAGUCCAGCUUUAGGAAGAAACCGAAGACCUGUCUCAGUAUUUACUGAUCAUUUAAGGCGUCAACAGGUUGCAAAGAUCAGCAUUUUCCUUCUUCUAGCUUCUUUAAGUAGUUUGCAUUUUUCAAAUGAUGUGAUUAUUAAGCCAAGCUCUUGUUUACCAAAGUUUGAAACAUCAGUCUGUCGUUGUUGUGAUGUUCUAAAACAAAGUAAUUUGUCUAUAAAGAUAUUAAACAGCAUUUGAAAAAUGCAAACUUCAUGUGUAUUAGGUAUUUAGGUAGUGGCUGUAACUUUGUUUAAAUUAAUAAAAUAGUUUUCAACUUGUAGAAACCGAUAUCUAGUAAGCACGUUUUAGUUUGUCAUAGAAGUGUGUGAUCCUUAGUAUGUUACACUCUGUACGCAUUUUUCAAUAUCUAUGAAAUGGUUACUGCCAAUAUCUGGAUUACUUACUAGAACCAGUCUUCUUCUCUUAGCUUUUAUUAAUUUCUUUGUGCCAUGGUGUAAGACACUCUUUCUUUAGGCCAAGAGUAGAAACAUGCAUUAAAUUUUCGUAAAGAAAUCAGAAACAUAUUGAGAUUAGAAACAAAAAAUGCUGAAGAAUCUUUUCCUAACUUAAGAGUUUUAUAACAAAUCAAAGCUAAGAUAUAUAUAUUCGUUAAAUUCUUAGCAAAACUCGAAGAAUGGGUAUCACACAAUUUUUUAGUCAUAAAAUUUAGUGGUUACUUAAUCUGUUCACGCCUAUUUUUUCAAUACUUUAAUGUUUUGAUACUUUACAAAUUUUCAGUCGAUUGAAUAAGAGAAGCAUUGCUUUUAAAUGAUUGUGGACAAUAGUUAUGUCAUCUUUAGCGGAUUUUGAGCAAUGCAAUCACUGAUAUCUCUUUGCAAAGGGGGAAAUCAUUCCAAUUUUAAGGGCUGCUGUAACAAAGAAAAUUUUGUAGUGGUCUGCUCUGUAGUGAGGAAGGAUAAACACUGCUUAGAAUGAAGAAUGAAGAAUGAAGAGAAUAUCGUUGAAUUAAAUCUUGUGGAAUUCAAUCAGAUUGUUCUCAACUACAUUGUAGGCCAUGCAACUCUUUUGCAGAUUUUGCUAUUAUUUAUAGGAAAAAUGUAGGAAUCCAAUGCAUUUAUAGUUAUGAACCAAAAGUUGUUUUUUCAACCUUUUCACCAUAUUUUUGGGAUACCUAGGCCUAACUUAUUUGAAAAAAGGCUUCUCGCAUCUAAAAAAGGUUUCGUUGUAAACCCC